GUGACACCACUGGCUGUACGUGUAUUUCGUCAUUUCUCUGACGUUUUUUGCGAACAUUUCCUCAUCUUCAUAUGUAGUUGUUUAGUGUACUGUACUGCGUAGCAUACUAAAGUCAGUGAUUUUUUUAUCUGGAGCGUCAGAAAAUGACACCUUAAAAUAUUUAACUUUUGUAUCACUUUCUCUUCUCGAGUUCAACGCGGAGAUUAACAGCUUUAGUUUUUAUAACAGUCAGAUUUUGCCAUAAAUAUGGCAUCAAAAUCAAGUAUAGACUAUGAGGCGAUUCCAGUAACAGCUUUAAACUGUAGUUUCCGAAAGAAACUGGGACUGUAUUUGAAUCCAACAAACACAGUGGCAGCAGACUGGAGGACAGUCGCCGAAAUGAUGGACUUUACCUACCUGGAGAUCAAAAACUUCGAGAAAAGAGACUAUCCCUUUGAAAAGGUCUUAACGGAGUGGGAAACUCGUCCAGAGGCAACAGUAGCAAAUUUAUUGUCGAUUUUAGAAAAAGCUGAAAGGAAAGAUGUUAUAUCUGACCUCAAAGAAAUUAUAGAUGAUGACUGCAGGAAGUAUUUGGAAAGACAACAGAGGAAGCCUCUCCAGGUUCCAGUGGUGGACAGCUGUGGGCCGCGCACACAGGAGCGAGAUGGCAUCACGCUGUAUGAUGAUCCACAAGGACUGUCACCGGAGACCUUUGAUGCUUUCAUCUGCUAUUGUCAGAGUGACUUCCAGUUUGUGCAUGAGAUGAUCAAACAGUUGGAACAGACCGAAUGCAACCUGAAGCUGUGUGUCUUUGACCGAGACGUCCUUCCUGGCACGUGCGUGUGGACCAUCACCAGUGAGCUCAUAGAGAAAAGGUGCAAGAGGAUGGUGGUGGUCAUUUCUGAUGACUAUCUGGACAGUGAUGCAUGUGAUUUUCAGACUAAGUUUGCACUCAGCCUUUGCCCAGGAGCUCGCUCUAAACGUCUAAUCCCUGUUGUCUACAAAUCCAUGAAGAAGCCUUUUCCCAGCAUUCUCCGUUUUCUGACCAUCUGUGAUUACACCAGACCCUGCACACAGAUCUGGUUCUGGAAACGGCUGGCCAAAGCACUCUCACUUCCCUGAUCUUUUCUAUAGACACUGUUAAAGGUUUACUAUGCAGUCAUCACUGGGUAAAGCUAUUCUCUGGAGGAUGAAGGGAAAAUACCUUAAGUGAUUUUUGCUUGAUUGGGAGAGUUUCUCAGACUCAGUAGUGAGUCCAGCUUAUGAACAUUUCAAGAAAGGUACUUUUUGUGGUAUUUACGACAGAUACGUCUGCCUUAAUCAUAAGGUUGCUCAGUUUCCAAAGCAAAUCCCUACAAAUGGUUAUUCAUUUAGUUUCUCGUCUUGUUCGCAAUGUGCAGAAGUGUGUUUUUGUUGAGUGUUUUUGCAUGUGAAAUCUGAAAGUGCAUCAGCUAUUUCAUUUGAUCUAUUAUUUGCUAUUGCUAAACUUUAAUUGAAGCUUUUUGAAGUGAUGUAUGUAGUAGUAUGGGCUCAUAAGAAACUUUUGCUCUGAUGUUUUAAUUUGUCUUUCACACUGGCAGUGUUUUGUGUUAUAAAAUAUUCAUGUAAAAUAUAUUUCUGUAUUUUAUGUUUACUCUACUGUUUGACAUUACAAACAUUGUUGCUUAGCAUUUUUCGCUAGCAGCUUAAUACAGAUCUGAAUCUUUAUCUUGGCCACACAGUCAUGGUUGGUUAACCAUGUUUUUACAUCUUCAGCACCUUAAUCUUUCUUUGACAGCACAUGAUCUUCAACUGGUUUUAAUCUGUUAGAUCAGACUUUGUUUUAUAUGAAAACAACAUAACUUUUAUAUUGUUUUCACACAUUUUACAGCAUUAUACACACAGGCUGAUAUGCAUAUAGCAUUAAUGAUUACUCAAAAAUGUAUUCAUGUCUCAUUGUCAUUUUUGUGUAUUAAGAUCAAGUUGCCACAUUUACCACACAUCCUGUUGGUGGAAACUCUUUCUACUGAAGCAGUGAGAAAUUCUUCUGAAAAAAAAAAAAAAAACUUAUGAAGCCCAUUAGAAAAACCAAUGAAAAACCUGCUGCAAGUCUUGCAUAUUUGAAGAUAGAGGCGUCUAUUUGUGUGUGUGUAUGUGUGCACGUUUUUGUGACAAAUGAGGACAUAAAUUUGUAUAAUGAUAAGGUUAUGACAUAGGUAUUACAAGGAGAAGGUGACUUUUCAGGACAUUACCCCAUGUCCCCACUUUUCAAAAUGCUUAUAAAUCACACAGAAUGAAGUGUAUUGAAAAUCUAAAAUAGCACAAAGUUUCCUGUAAGGGGUAGGGUUAGGUGUAAGGUUGGUGUAGGGCAAUAGCACAUACAGUUUAUACAGUACAAAAACCAUUACGCCUAUGGGAUGUCCCCACUCUUCACAAAAACACACGCGUGUGUGUGUUUGUGCGUGAGAGAGAGACAAGAUUUACAGCAUAGAUGAUGUGCUUUUUUAUCAAACAUGUUUGGUUAUUGAUUGUACAGACUGAGGUUAAUACGAUGAAUAAAGUACCUUUUGAGUUGCUACUUAAAAACUGA